UAUCGUCAACAACACCAACACACGACAGUCGCUCGCAAAACGUGUGUAAAAACUGCGGGGAUCCACCGGAUUCCGUCUCAGUCGCGGGCCACGAUCAGCCGUCUACAAGGCGUUGUUUGUAUGCAGUUCGUACACCUAUUAGCCGGGAAUUGCAUCGGAGAACUCGUUUCGCGCGGUUCCUGAAGAACUGUUGCUGAUUCAGUGUAAUCAUCCGCGGAGUACCGGAGUGGUAGGAGUAAGAGGAUCGCGCUGAACCCUGUCCUCGAUCAGUGCUGAUCCUGAACUUGACCGGUGCAGUUCGUGAAUGCUUCACUGCUUGCGAGCUUUGCGGAUUCGGACAGUGUUUAGUGUGAUUUGAAGCGAGAAGUACAAAGUUGCGGCGUAGAUAAGCUCGGGUUCGCGCAGUGCGCCUCGUGAGCGGAAUUCCGAGAAAUUGAAGUGUUGUGUGUUUUUCGAUUUUGAGUCGCUGAGGCGUAUGGGUUAUACAUAGUUGAUAAGAAGUUAGUAUAUACGCAAAUCGCCGGACCAGCGCAGCCUGUGCUAAUCAACGUGAACAUUGUGUUUUUGGUUGGCUCUGGUGCUGGUGGAGGUCAAUUUGCGUCUGUUUUGGUUCGAUACAAGUGCAAACAAUUAUCGCGAGUGAGUUACUGCUGGUAGAUAAGCGAAAAUAAAACAAAGUUUCGAUAAGAAGCAUCUGUGCACCGGAAGUAAUUGGCGCUCAAGGAAUCGCAGAAAAAUCCGUCAAAAUGUCCACGUUACUCAACCUGGACAGCUACAGGCAUGAACAGUUUGAGCAACAUCUGCAGCAGCCGCUCUCGUCCUCGCCGACCUACUCGGUGCUGUCGAUGGAGUCAUCGGCUUCGUCGUCCUCACCGUCUGCCGUCAGCACCGCGUCCAGUAAUAUGUCCCCAAAGUCUACCACGAGCGAAACCAGUUCCUUCAACAUGCAAAAUCUGAACAUUUCCGCCAGCUUCCCGUACUACGACGACGGAAGCAGCAGCCAGAUGCAGACGUACCACUUCACCACCGGACACGGAAAUGCGGCCGAUCAUCCCCAGAUCGAGUUGUCCGUGCCGCACCUGGUCAUCCUGGAGCAACCGGUGGACAAGUUCCGCUUUCGGUACCAGUCGGAGAUGCACGGCACGCACGGUUCCCUCAUGGGCGUUCACACGGAAAAGAGCAAGAAAACAUUCCCGUCCGUUGAGCUGCGUGGCUUCCAGGGUGAAGCCAAGAUUCGCUGCUCGCUGUUCCAGGUCGACCCGUCCAAGCGGGCCGCCCACUCGCACCACCUGGUCAUCAAGAGUGGUGAAAUCGAUCUGAUAGAUCCGCACGACAUCGAGGUGAACGCCGAGACCGGGUACGUGGCCAUGUUCCAGGGCAUGGGAAUCAUCCACACCGCCAAGAAGAACAUCGCCGAGGAGUUGUGCAAGAAGAUCAAACGGCAGCGGGCCGUUGAGAUGAACCGGGAAAUUAGCCUGCGGGAGGAGCACCAGCUGCAGAAGGAAGCGGUCGAGAUGGCCAAAACGAUGAACCUGAACCAGGUGUGCCUGUGCUUCCAGGCGUUCCAGGUGGACCCGGUGAGCGGGAUGUGGCAGCAGCUGUGCGAGCCGGUGUACUCGAAUGCCAUCAACAAUAUGAAAAGUGCCCUCACGGGAGAGUUGAAAAUCUGUCGGUUGAGCUCGACUGCCGGAAACAUAGAAGGUGGAGAGGAAGUCUUCAUGUUUGUGGAGAAAGUGUGUAAAAACAACAUCAAGAUCCGAUUCUAUGAAUUGGACGAGUUCGAUCAGGAGAUCUGGCAGGACUGGGGCACCUUCUCGGAGGCGGACGUGCACCACCAGUACGCGAUCGCGUUCAAAACGCCCCCGUACCGCAACAAGGACAUCACCGAACCGGCCGAGGUGCUGAUGCAGCUGUUCCGGCCCCGGGACAAGUGCCAAAGCGAACCGGUGCACUUCAAGUACAAACCCCGGCCGGGAAUGCUGGCCAGCGCAAGUUCGUCGCGCAAACGGCAGCGCGUCCACUCGGGGAACAUUUCCAGCGAGAUUCCGACGACGGUCCCGAACGACGGUGGACUGGCGGCGAUGACGGCCACCGCCGGUCCCAGCCGGCUGCCAGCGUUGCACCAGCCCUUCCCGAUGGUCACCCAGAGCACCAUCAGCAAGGAGUUCAACAAGUCGGGCAUUAUUCAGGAAAUUUUGGAGAGCAAUGUGCAGGGCCAUUCCGGCGGUCCAACCGGGGACAUCACGUUCAAUUCCGGUGACUUUAGGGACUUCAUUCAGUGCAGCUCGGAAGACCUGCACAAAUUGAUCAACGAAAUUGGCGAAGCCCACGAGCAAUCGAAGCUUGAAACGGAUGCCGUGGCCAGUGGCAGUGGGCCAGCUGGUGGUUCCCAUCAGGAGGCGGUUCGGCUCGAGCGAGCUCUCGAGAGCUACCUCGAGGCGAACCGGCACGACAAAGAUGUGGAAAUUCUGCGCAAAAUUCUAGCCAUUAUUAAAUUGUUUGGGCGGGACUACGAGCGGUGCCGGGAGCUCAUUUCGGCACUGUGGAUGUCGUCCAACAAGCACAAAGCCAACUGUCUCCACAUGGCCAUCGAGCGCCGCGAAUCGGUCAUAUCGUGCAAGCUCGUCGAGCUGCUGCAAGAGUUCCAACUCCACGACCUGUUGGGACUGGUGAACGACCGCAACGAAACGGCCCUCCACCUGGCGGUUUCCUCCAACCAGGUCGCCGUCGUCGAGAGCCUGCUGCUGGCCGGUGUCCGCAUCAGCUGCUGCGACUACAAGGGCAAUUCCGCCCUGCACUGCGCCGUUGUGGAAAACUGUGCCGAAGCUUUGGACGCACUGGUUGGUCACUGCAAGCGAAAUGGGCUCCGGUGGGACACGGCCAACGACGAUGGCUAUUCACCGCUACAGUUGGCCGUAAUGUGUCGGAAUUUGCGAGUCACGAAGCUGUUGCUGGACCGCGGAGCGUCGCCCACGGAACAAGAUCUGAAGCAUGGUAACAAUAUCCUGCACAUUGCCGUGGAGAGUGAUUCUCUGGACCUGGUCAACUACAUUCUGGAGCAAGUGGAUAAGUCACUCAGCGACGAACCCAACAACGCCGGCUAUACGCCGCUGCAGCUGGCCAACGCCAGGCACCAGGUCAACGCGAGCAACAAACUGAUCGUACGGGAGCUGUUACGGUUCAACCCGGGCGGCCUGCUGGAGAAGGAACCCUCGAUCGAGGAUGGCGACGAAGACGAUGAAGAAGCUGCGACGCAGGAUGAUCUGCCGGCGCCGCCGGUGGAAGCUGGUAGUUCGGAGAGUGUGCUGCUUUCGAUGAAUUUGACCUGCAAUCGGGUUGAGGUCAUUCAGCUGCUGGAGAAUCAUGUGCCGACAGCUGCGGAGUUGACCCCGCUGAAGACGGUGCCCUACGGUGAGGGUGCUGGCGCUGUGAGCGAGCUGUUUGAUGAGCCGUGCCUUACGGAGUUGUGUGAGUUGCUGAAUCAAAAUAAUGUUUGGAAGGAGCUGGGAUCGUUGCUGGAUUUCAAUGCGUUUUUCUCCAUCUGGGAAAUGUCGCCGAACCCCGCCGAGAUGCUUCUGAGCUACUUUGAGAUGCAAAAAAUGAAGCUGGACCACCUGAUUGACAUUCUCCAGGCGCUGGAGCAGAAGGAAGCGAUUCACUGCAUCGACGAGAUGGUUUGUCGGAACAUGAAGUAAAUCUGAAGCUGUGGAAGCUGCUGAUAUUUAUGCUCAAU